AUGAGCUGCUUCCCACACUACAACCCCACCUCGUCGUCCUCGCCCUCUUCCUCCUCCCACCGAGCCCCCCCAACCAGUGGCACCGCCCCGUCAGCUUCCCUGAUGGCAGCUCCCUCGAUCCUGUCCCCGCUCGCGACCUCGUCCUUCCACCGUAACGACCUCCUUCACACCACCCACUCAGGUGCCUCCACGACGACCCUCGCCUCAACCCAAAGUGCACUGCCGUUGGAACUGCAGUCGGUUUGUGUGAUCGGUGGCGGGACGGGGUGCAAUGCGAUCCUCGGCGCAUUCGGAGCGGCGCACAAGAUCAGCUAUGUCGUGCCGAUUAGUGAUGACGGGGGGAGUUCGAGUGAAAUCCAGAGGGUAUUGGGUCAGUGAAUUCGCUGUGCAGAGGGGAAGGGGAAGGUGGGGAUCAUGCGCUAAAUUUUGACAUUGGAGGCGAUUGUUCUUCCGACAGGAGGUCCAUCCGUAGGCGAUAUCAGGCAAGUCAAGUCUGAACCCUGAAGCACAAGAGUACUGAACGACGACUUGAAUUCUGCUAAUCUUUGCUCUUUGUACACCAGAUCGCGGCUCGUGCGCUUGAUCCCCGAGUCGUCGCCCAACUCGCCCCUAUUCGCGAUCCGUCGACUGCUCGAGCACCGACUAGGCGAUAACGACUCGAUUCAAGUCAAAGCAGAGUGGCAUAGUAUCGUUGAAGCCAAGCAUCCCUUAUGGCAGGUGGGUAUCUUGGGCGCUUCAUCCCCUGGGGCUGGUCACAGGGGCUGACAUGUUCGACGUGAGCCCACAGGGCAUUCCGAAUGAUCGUAAAGAGACAAUUAGGGCUUUCCUCAUUCACGUGGAGGCAGCCAUACUGAGGAAAGCCAGACGGGUCAGUAGUGUUUCCGAAACUCGUUGCAAGUUGCACACGUCACGACGAAGCUGACUUGUUGAUCGAUCGUACUGCAGGGGUUUUCGUACAAGAGGGCCUCAAUCGGCAACCUUUUCGUCGCCGGUGCCCAAUUGUUUCUCGGAUCGGUGCGUAAUCUUCGAGUUUCCAUUAUUCGCGCCCACAUCGCGGAAACUGAUGUACACCUAUCUUUCCGCUCAGAUCCCAUCCGCCAUCUUUCUCUUUGCUUCUAUCACUGAUAUUCCUCACGAUAAAGUCCGAGUCGUCCCCGUUAUUAAUACCGCGUCAACGGCUACGAUCGCUGCUGAACUGGUCAGUCCGAAAUCUCGAUCACCGAGGUACAAGCAUGAUUUCAAACGUGCUGACUUGACAUCGCCGUGCCUCAGGAGGACGGCACCAUCAUCCCUGGCCAAUCCGACAUAUCGCACCCGUCCCAGUCCUCGCUCUCCCAACCGGCGCGACCAUCGACCCCUUCUUUCCUCGCCCCCAACCUCCCCGCUCCUGUCCGCAUCCCCCCAUCACCCGGAGCCGCCAUUUCACACCCUCUGAACAUUUCCCGAGUCCCUACCCCAGCACUCCUCUUCGAAGCUCGUACAUUGGGCGACGAAGAAGAAGACGACGAUGAUCCCUCAGGCCAAGGCCAGGACGGAUCAAAGAACCCCAACGUCGGGUUCUCGAAGGAUGAGAUCAUCCCUCUGCAAAGUCGGAUCAAGAGAAUCUUAUACCUCAACAGUUUUGGGUCGGAAAUUUACCCUCGCGCAAACCCAUUAUUCUUGGAAUCGUUAAAGACCAGUACUUGGUCUGUUUAAAGCAUUGCGACUUGCAUUCGUGGUACAUCUCGCUGACGUGAGAGACGAUGUUCGAACCAGCCUGAUCUAUUCCCCAGGAUCACUCUACACCUCUAUAAUACCCUGCUUGGCCCUCCGAAACGUCGGACCUUCAAUCGUCGAUUCCCCAACUCUCAAAUACAAGAUACUCUUACUCAACUCGCGGUUGGAUCGGGAAAGCGCGGGAUACGACGCGGGGGAUUUUGUCAGAGCGAUUCAAGGGGCUUGUGCGGAGCCUUAUGGGGAGGAAGGGAGGGGGCUGAGGAGGAUAGAGGUGAGGGAGGUGGUGAGUCAUUUGGUUUACGUCGAGGAGGGGGAGGUGAGGGUUGAUCGGGAGGAGAUGGAGGUAAGUGGAUUUUCUCUCCGUUGGUCUCGGGGAGGAUGGCCCGCAGCCCGCUGACGCCCGCUGGGUCCUCUUUGUUUCGACUUUGGGGGCCUAUUCUUUUACUUGCAGGCUUUUGGUAUCAUCUGCGUUCCUGUUCGGACACCGAGCCGCUUGUUUGACGAAGCAGUUGUCGCAGGGGCCCUGUCCAACAUUUUCGCAGAGGAACGGUAG